GGUUGACAUAGCUCACAUAUCUGAACAUGGUCAGCAUCCAUUUUGUACAUAAACCGACAAACAGUUGACUUAAAUUUACAAAUAUUUUAGAUACAAACUUGGCGUGGGGAGCAAGUGCUAAUGCAGAGCUGAAAAAUUCACUCCCCAUUUUCCUAUAACUCGGUUGAAAGAUGAUUCCAUAUAAUCCGAUCAAAGCUACCAUCUUCUCCCAAUCACAGCACCAAUUUGAAACACCCAUUGUUUUGAUUUUGAGGAAAGGAAAAGCGCCAUGGAAGAAGGUGAAUUCAAUUCUAGAGAGAAGAAUAUGGUGGGGGAAGGAUCAGAAGUAGCUGGUGAUGAGGAGAUAAUAGAUUGUUCUGAUGAUGAACAUCAAAUGUUCGAUGAAAUGCCUGUUCGAGUUCGACAUUUUUAUUUUGUCAAGGUUUUGCCACUUGAGAACCCAAAUUUAGAUGCCAUGAUCAAGAAGGCUGAAGAGAUGAUAGACAAAAUGAAUCGAGACCAAGUUCUGCUGGCCCCGAAGAUAAGGGAAAAGAUGAUGGAUCGUGACACGUUGCGCUCAAAAUUGAGCUGGGUGAAGAACUAUGAUUAUUAUGGACUCACCCUGAAAUGGCAAAAAGAGAGAUUGGACAUCCUGCAUCUAUCACUAGACAAACUAACUUUCGCAAACAACGCAUAUAAAGGGAAGCCGGUUAACUCGUGCUUGUCGUCAGGGGAAGUUGAUAAGCAAAAACUGUCUUUCUUGAUGCUUCAUGGCUGUAAAAACAUGGCUGAUGAGAGAAAGCUAUUAAGGGAAGUCAAUGCAUGCCAAGGGAAGGAUGGUGGCAUGACAUUGGAAGAACUCCAUGCUCCUAUUCAGCGCUUGCGACAACAAUUGUCCAUUAAAUACGUGGGGCGUACAGAAACCGAUGAAGAUGCUCGUAAACAAGCCAUUCUCAAAGACAUAAAACAACAUGAAGUUAAUAGGGAGAAAGCCAUUGCUAAUGCUGUAGUGAAAGGAAAAUUGUGGAACUCUCUAGUCUCAAAAGAGUCCCUUAAAGAAGAAAUACUCAAAAACAGUUCAUACGAACUAAGGGAAAGACAGAGAAAAGUAAAUGCCGAAAUUAGGAAGGUAAAUGUAGAACUUGAGAAGGUAGAAAAAGAUAUACGUUCUCUACAAAAGCUCUUCACAGAUGCAAAUCGCAAAAAAGAUGGAGCAUACAACACCAUUCUUAGACUGAAGAAGCAGUAUGGGGAGGAGAAUGCUUCCUACUACCAAUACCGUUCCCUCAUGAAGAAAGUCGAAUCACUUGCUCAGAAGAAAGACAUUGCAGCAAUUCAAGAAUUAUCUCAAAUACAGGUUGAACAGUUUAUGAAGCAGUGGAAUGAUAACCUGGAUUUCAGAAACGAUUACAAAAAGAGAGUCGUCCCGUCCUUAAAAAACCAACAUCUUGGUUUCGAUGGGAGGAUGAUCACCAACCAGAAGCCAGCAGUUGAGGACACUCGAAAAGUUAUUAAACCAGAGGCACUUUCUAAAUCUAGAUUGAAAUGGUUGAUGAAAGAUCUUGAGGAUCCCUCAGAACUUCUUUCUUGAUGAAACUAAUGCAAUAAAUGUUUGUUCCCUUCCCUUUGCACAUAUGCUUGAAGUUUCAGCUUUCAUCCAUUUGUUGCUUAAAAUCUCCAUUUCUGUAAGUAUUUUUCUGUUCGAUCAUGUUCAAAAGUGUUCUUAUUGGAGUGGGUUAUAGAGCUCAUAGUAUCUUUCUUUGAGGUCAUUGUCCCUUGGUUUGGAAAGGCAUUAAUUCAAAUGAAAAACCAACCAAUGUCAACCUAAAGAAUAUCCGUCGGGUAUGACAUCAAUAUUGGGGUUUGAUUUAU